AUGUGGUUAUUAUCAGACGGAAAUCUAACAAGUGGAGUCUAUAAGACUGACAGCAAAGAGGCAUUGAUCCUUGUUAACAACAAAAUCAGCAAAAUAAGUCCAUUAGCUUUUGCUCCUCUGAAGAAACUAGAAAGACUCUACCUGUCGAAGAACAGCCUGAAGGAACUCCCAGAAAACAUGCCGAAGUCUCUUCAGGAGAUACGGGCUCAUGAGAAUGAGAUCUCCAAGUUGAGGAAAGCUGUCUUUAAUGGACUGAAUCAAGUUAUUGUCUUAGAACUAGGCACUAAUCCAAUCAAGAGUUCAGGCAUUGAAAAUGGAGCUUUUCAGGGGAUGAAGAGACUCUCCUACAUCCGUAUUGCAGACACCAACAUUACUAACAUCCCUAAAGGCCUUCCCCCAUCCCUUACUGAACUUCACCUUGAUGGCAACAAAAUCAGCAAAAUUGAUGCUGAAAGUCUGUCUGGACUCACUAACUUGGCAAAGUAA